UACAAGUCGCGACCUGUCAGGAUGACCUCAGGUACUUAUGUACGCCUACCUAAUUUAGCCAAGAUGGACCAAGCCACAAGCAUGUACCCAAAGGCGUAUAUCAGCGCUAAAUGGUACUUCACUUAUACGCGUAGACUCCGCCUCCGCCACGAAGCUAGUUGCCAUUUACUUUAACGGAAGGCAGAGGUUUCUUUGUUCAAGCUGGCCCUAUUACGACAUCUAUCGAAAAUCUAGACGGAAGCUAUCGUUCACUGCCUCAGUAACGUGCGAGGCGCAAGUUCUAGGUAGCAACCUGAAAUCAAUAGGUGCCUUAUCUACAUGUACAUCGCUUAAGAGUCAUCGCUACCUAUGUACCUAGGCUAGGGUAGUUACUAUCGUCUUAUUUUUUUUUAUAUCUAUCGCUUAGCAACCUGUAUUACUUCAUUCCUCCCUUCUCCCUCCUCCCUCCUCCCUUCGUCUACUCCGCUUUUGAACUACAUUUUCAUAUUCUGUACAUCCCCAACAAACACCCGCAAAAUUCCUGGAUAGCAAUUAGUUAUAGACCUUGAUUACUCUAUUAAGAAACAUUUUCGGAUCAAAGUCUGAGUGAUAGGCAAAUUCUAAGCAUGUCAUACCCUUAUGGCCAGCCGGGUUAUCCCGGCCAGCACCCUCCUCCGGGUCAGUAUCCUCCUCCGGGCCAACCACAGCAAUAUCCUCCGGGUCAAUGGUCGGCACCCCCUCCUCCUCAGGGGUACAAUCAACCUCCUCAAGGUUAUUAUCCACCUGGCCCUCCUCCCGGCCCUCCUCCCGGCCCUCCUCAGGGUUAUAAUCAAUACGGGCCCCCUCCUGGUCCUCCUGGUCCUCCUCAAGGGUAUCCUCCUCAAGGAUAUAAUCAAUAUCCCCAAGGCCAAUACCCCCCUGCGCAACCCCCAUAUGGCCAGCCUUACCCCCCAGCACCCGUAGGACCGCCUACACCUCACAGUCUAGGCUAUGGGCCACUCCCGCAAAUUCAAUGGGAUGCAAACCCUGACGCGCGGACACUAAGAGGCGCCAUGAAAGGGUUCGGCACAGACGAGAAGGCGUUAAUUCGUGUCUUAUGCUCUAAAGACCCUAUACAGAUCGAGGCUAUCAAAGCAGCUUACUUCCGGAAUUUUAGCCGGACGCUCGAAAAGGAUAUAAUGUCAGAGACGAGAGGAUGGUUCGAGAUGGGCUUGGUCGCGAUUGUCAGGGGGCCCUUACUCCACGAUGUGCACCUCUUGCAUUCGGCAAUGGAUGGGCCCGGGACGAAGGAAAAGGUCCUCAACGACGUCUUGCUAAGUCGCAGCAACGCGGAUAUGAAUGCCAUCAAGAGCAUGUACCAACAAACCUUUCACCGGCCGCUGGAGAGCGAUGUGAAAGGAGAUCUCAGCAUGAAGACCGAAAGGCAUUUCAUGAUCGUACUAGGCGCAAACAGGGCUGAAGACAGUGCUCCGGUCAUCCCCCAAGCUAUCGAUCAGGACGUCAUGGAAUUAUAUCGCGCUACAGAGGGCAAAGUCGGUACGGAUGAAAUGAUGGUGUGCUCGAUAUUAUCUACGAGAAACGAUAAUCAAAUCCGGGCUAUUAAUCACGCCUACGAGCAAAAGUUCAGGCGACGAUUAGAGGAUGUUAUUAGAAAGGAGUUUAGCGGGCAUAUGGAGGCGGCUUUAUUAUAUCAACUGCGGAAUGCCAUCGACAAAUACAUGCAUGCAGCCGCUUUACUCGAAGACGCGAUGGCAGGUUUAGGUACGAAGGAUCACUUACUAGUCUCGAGAGUAGUCCGAUACCACUGGGAUAAGCAGACGCUGGAAAAUGUCAAGGGGGCAUAUCAUCACCGUUAUCAUCGAAGUCUUGCCAGUCGUGUUAAAGGCGAGACGAGUGGGGAUUAUUCGAGGCUCAUGCUAGGCUGUCUUGGGGAGCCGGUAUAAAUGCACGUUAAGGGGGCCCUUUCAUUAGGUGCUUUUAUCUUCAUUGGUUGGCGUUACUCAGUGUCUUGUCGGGGAUGUCUUGUACGGCUUUAUACCAUUUUGUUGAUGUUAUCCUACUACGCACGCUCUUGUUGUAUAAGCAAUGGUUGUAAUACUACUACAAGCGAGACACGGUCGUCUACUUUCGAUCAAUUUAAUGUCUGUUCUAAGCG